AUAGCAUGUACACAAACAUCAAAAUGCGUCAAAGAAAUGAAAUCUCUCCGAAUAUUUCACCUCCCACUAACUACAACUACAACCGUAGCAACAGUUCAUAAACCCCCAAUUUUUUCUCUUUCUUCCUCCAUCUUCUUUUCCCGCCAUAAAUUCUCUCUCUUCAAUCUUUCCGCCAUUAAAAUGCCACCUUCUUCCUCCAAAACCCUAAUCGACUUCUUCCCCCAAACCAAUUCCAAACGUCGCAAAACCACCGACAAUGGCGCCGCCACCAGCUUUCCUCCUCCUCGCUCUUCUUCUCUCUCCAACUCCGACAACAAUGGCGAUUACGUUGAAAACCCUAGCGAUGGUGAUUCUAACUUCCUCACUGCUGAGCAGAAGUUCAGAAUGGAGUUUAACAAAUCACUAGCUUUGUCUAAAAUGAAUCUCCGAAUUUGUUCCGAAAAAGUCCAGAAUUCUAGAGUUGAAGGGGGUAAUGGCUAUGUGAAGCUGAAGGAGCUCCUGGUGGAGGAUUCGUGGUUGGGAGCAUUACCUGAGGAAUUAGAAAAGCCGUAUGCUAAGAAUUUAUGUAAAUUUGUCGAGAAUGAAAUUUGUGGUGGCAAAGUACCCAUUUAUCCCCCUCAACACUUGAUCUUUAAUGCUCUGAAUUCGACGCCAUUUGAUAGAGUUAAGGCCGUCAUUCUUGGGCAGGAUCCAUAUCAUGGACCAGGACAAGCAAUGGGCCUUUCUUUCUCAGUACCAGAGGGUAUUAAGAUUCCUUCAAGUCUUGGAAAUAUAUUCAAGGAACUUAAACAAGAUCUUGGAUGUUCUAUUCCAUCGCAUGGGAAUUUGGAGAGAUGGGUUGUACAGGGUGUUUUGCUGCUCAACACAGUCCUCACAGUUAGGAAUCAUCAAGCUAACUCUCAUGCUAAGAAAGGUUGGGAGCAGUUUACUGAUUCUGUAAUACGAACAAUAUCUGAAAAGAGACAAGGCGUUGUAUUUAUUCUUUGGGGAAACUGUGCUCAAGAGAAAAUCAGGUUGAUUGAUGAGUCUAAGCACCAUAUUCUUAAAUCAGCUCAUCCUUCUGGUCUUUCUGCGAACAGAGGUUUCUUUGGAUGCAGGCACUUUUCGCGGACAAAUCAGAUUCUAGAACAGAAUGGGGAAAUACCCAUCGACUGGCAGUUGUGAAGCGGAUAAUUAUAAACCUUAUGCAAUGAGUGGGGCUAAUUGGCUUGUCAUUUAGCUUUCAUUAUGGUCUCAACUGUUGUAUUAUUUUGCAUCAGCCCCCUUAUUUUUGCUGAAUAUCUUUUGGGAUGGACACGGAAUAUUUUGUAUGCUAUUGAUGGCAUGUGCAUGGAACAAUGACUUGUGCCUGAAGCUGAAUGAAAGCAAGCUCUUUGGUCUUAUAGCAGACCAAGCUUUUGACUUA